UUUUUUGGGGUUAUAUUAAUGUUCUUUUCUUUAUUUUUUUUUGUCUUAUAUUGAUAUAUCCACAAUUUAAAGAUUUGUAUAGUAGAUGUACUAGCCUUUUAAAUAAUUUAUUACAGUUUCAAAUACAAUGUCAAUUAUCGUCACUAAAGCAGCGUUAGCACUGAAAAACUCCGAAAACAAUUUUCAGUUCGUAAAGUUUGAAUCGCAUAAACCGAAAAAGAAAGAAACUGCUAUUGAUAAUGAAAAAAAUGAUACGAAAACCUAUCUAGGCCAAAAGUCCAAAAAAGAUUUAGAUCUGAAAAAAAUAAGACAUGAAGUGGUUAAAUUCGGCAUGUCUGGAUUUGAUUCGACGAAAAAAGAGGAGGCAAAAAUUGCCUUAGCAGUGAGUUUAGGUGCAAAACCACCUAAACAGAAGUACAUCAAUUACAAAGAGUUAAUGGAGAAGAGAAAGCAAGAGAAACAGCAAGCGAAAGAUGAGAAACAACUGAUGGUAUCCAAGACUUUACUGAAGACUAGUGGCAAGAAAAAAAAGGCUAAUAAUGACGUUGGACAUUUUUUGAGUGGAUAUGGAAAGGUGCAGAAGAAAGAUUUGAAAAAAGAUGAUAACAGUAGUAAGAAGAAAAAGAAAAAAAAAAUAAAGAUUAUUAUAUUUGUAUGUAUUUUAUCUUGUAAAAUAUAAUAUGUAAAUAAGAAAAGCAUUUUUUGUGGUUGUAUAACUCUAA